GGACCAGAGGGGGGAGCCUGUGAUUCAAAUUUAAAGCGAAUAUAGUAAACCAGUCUUGCAUUAAGGAGAAAAGCUUUCAUUGCGGCAUUCUGUGUGAGAGCAAGGACAUGGGUGAGUCACCGUGCCUUGUGAGAUCAUUCUCUCACCCUUCUGAUAGUUCCAGUGAAGCCAAAAAAGAGGGUGACCCCAUUCGUGCUCUAGGAGAAUCAAUCUCUUUUGGGAGGUUUAUGUCAGAAUCCUUGGCCUGGGAGAAAUGGUCAACCUUCUCUCACAAUCGUUACUUGGAAGAAGUUGUGAAAUUUUCUAAGCCAGGUUCUGUUGCUCAGAAGAAAGCCUAUUUUGAAGCUCAUUACAAGAAAAAAGCUGCAGAGAGAGCAGCAGAAUUGAUUGAGGAAUCAAAUGCAGCAGCUCCUAAUGUUUUUGAGCCAGAGACUAGGGACAAACAUCAUGAUGACUCUUUCAUGGAUUCAGAGUUGGUGAAAGCAGAAGGCCAACAGUCCAUUGAUGAACCACAUGAGGAUGAUGCCCCUAAUACUGCAGUCGAUUAUUCUGCUGGCGUGAAUGGGUGUAAUCCUAAUAUUGGAGAACUGGAAACUACGAAGGUGGAAGCAGACGAAGAUGUUUAUAUGGUGGAUGAUCCUACUCUGCUUGAAAAUUCAAAACAAAUUGAAAAAGUUGAAGACCACCAAAAGAUUUUGGUCGCCCAAGAGGAGAAGAAACUCAAUAAGCAAUCUGCCAGUAAGGAGAUUCUGGCUUCACCAAGCAAGAAAAGACAAGUGGAUUCUUCUUUGAAGUUAUCAACUCAAAGAAGAGCACCCAAGCUCCCAUUCUCUCCUGCCAAACGAAUGACUGCUAAGCGACUCCACAACGGAAAUAGUGGUGCUGCAGAGAGUAAGAGGACAGCAGGAGACCUAGCUGACAAAAAGAGAUUGACUGUAAAAUCAGUUCACAUGUCAAUCAAUUUUGCUUCUUCUACUGGCAAAACCCGUAAAACACCACCUCGAAUUAUUCAAGAGGUUGGAAGCACAAGAAUUGAUACAACUUUAUUCAACACAUCCCAAGACAGUUUAACUCCCUUACGAACUUCGACUUGGCAGGCAUCUGGUAAUAAGUUAAUAAAGCAACCCUCAGUAAAGCCCCAGUCAGAAGAUCGAAGGACUAGAACACUACUUAACAAGUCAGUUUCAGGAGGAAUAGCAGGGGAGGGGAAAGGGCACUCUCUCUCUAUGGACUACUCAAAAUCCUCAACUAUAAGUGGAAUCAAGGCACGAUCUCCUACUGUAUCCUCUCCAUUUACUUUCAGGAGUGAAGAAAGAGCAGCAAAACGUAAAGAGUUCUUUCAGAAGCUGGAAGAGAAACUAAAUGCCAAGGAGGCAGAAAAAGUGCAGCUGCAAUCAAAACCUAAGGAGAAAGCACGAUUUGAAAUUGAAAAAUUGCAACAGAGCAGUGACUUUAAAGCCAAACGGAAUGAAGAUUCAAAUCAUGGAUCACAAUUGCAUAGUAGCCCCCUGAAGAAGAAUCCAGUGACACCACCUCAACCACCAAAACUUGAAAGAAAGCCAACUCUCAGCACAGUCAGGGACUCAAGCUCUCGGCCUCCUCGGAGGCCAUCAGGCAGAAACGAUAGCUCUAACUCUAAGCAUGUGACGGAAAAAGUUAAUCAAACCGCAAUUCGUUCAAUCACUUCACUUCCUAAGAACAAUGCGCAUGAGAAUGCUUCUCCAAAUAUUCAGCAUUAAGUGCCUACAGAAGAGAGCAAGAUGUUUCAUAUAAGCAUGUGUGAACUUCUGUGUUAGAGUUCCGAUUGUCCAGCUGGUGACAGCCUUCUUGUAAUUAAUUACACAUUAUGAAGAGAGUAUUAAUCUUGUGAUGGCAAUGGGAUUUUUGUGUUGAGAGCUUCUUUUAACAUCAAAGCGGAGUAAAAUUUUGUAGCAGUUUAUUUCUUUCUUUUUUUUUUUCCAGUGCAGCAGUGCUUGUUUCCUUUUGUAGACGUGUAGGAGAUGAGUUUUGGAGGUAGAUUAGUUCA